ACCGGAAGACGGUCCCUUAUGGCGGUGGGGUUGGCCUAUAUGUGCUGAGCUCCGGGGCUGCCGGCCUGCCCGCGCCAGCGGGUUGCCGCAUGUUGCGGGCGGCGGCCGCCUGCCCACGCUCGGAUCAUGUCGUCGGGUCUCCGCGCCGCGGAUUUCCCCCGCUGGAAGCGCCACAUCUCGGAAGAGCUGAGGCGGCGGGACCGGCUGCAGAGGCAGGCGUUUGAGGAGAUCAUCCUGCAGUAUAACAAGUUGCUAGAAAAGUCUGAUCUCCAUUCAGUGUUGGUCCAUAAGCUACAAACUGAAAAACAUGAUAUACCAAACAAGCACGAGAUAAGCGCUGGACAUGAUGGGGCCUGGAAUGACAGUCAGCUGCAGGAAAUGGCCCAGCUGAGGAUUAAACACCAAGAAGAACUGACGGAGUUACACAAGAAACGAGGAGAGUUGGCUCAGCUGGUGAUUGACCUGAACAACCAAAUGCAGCAGAAGGACAGAGAGAUGCAGAUGAACGAAGCAAAAAUAGCCGAAUGCCUGCAGACCAUCUCUGACCUGGAGGCGGAGUGCCUGGAACUGCGCAGUAAGCUUCAGGACCUGGAAAGGGCCAACCAGACCCUGAAGGACGAAUACGAUGCCCUGCAGAUCACCUUUACUGCCCUGGAGGAGAAGCUGAGGAAGACAACCGAGGAGAACCAGGAGCUGGUCACCAGAUGGAUGGCCGAGAAAGCGCAGGAAGCCAAUCGCCUCAAUGCAGAGAAUGAGAAGGAUUCCAGGAGGCGACAAGCCCGGCUGCAGAAGGAGCUCGCAGAAGCAGCCAAGGAGCCUCUGCCUGUUGAGCAGGAAGAUGACAUUGAGGUCAUCGUGGAUGAGACCUCUGAUCACACGGACGAGACCUCUCCCGUGCGAACUGUCAGCAGAGUAACCUCUAAGCGACUCUCGCAGCCUGCUGGAGGCCUUCUGGAUUCUAUCACUAAUAUCUUUGGUCUGUCCGAGUCUCCCCUUUUGGGACAUCACUCUUCUGACACUGCCAGGAGGCGUUCUGUCUCUUCCCUCCCUGUCCCCCAGGAUAAUGUGGACACGCAUCCUGGUUCCAGUAAAGAAGUGAGAGUGCCAACCACUGCCAUGUAUGUCUUUGAUGCCCACGACGGAGAGGUGAACGCUGUGCAGUUCAGCCCGGGCUCCCGGCUGCUGGCCACUGGAGGCAUGGACCGCAGGGUCAAGCUCUGGGAAGUGUGUGGAGAGAAAUGUGAACUCAAGGGCUCCCUCUCCGGCAGCAACGCGGGCAUCACGAGCAUUGAGUUUGACAGUGCUGGGUCUUACCUCUUAGCAGCUUCAAAUGACUUCGCAAGCCGAAUCUGGACUGUGGAUGACUAUCGGUUACGGCACACACUCACGGGCCACAGUGGCAAAGUGCUGUCAGCCAAGUUCCUGCUGGACAACGCACGGAUCGUUUCCGGAAGUCACGAUCGGACCCUCAAGCUCUGGGAUCUGCGCAGCAAAGUCUGCAUCAAGACUGUGUUUGCAGGGUCCAGCUGCAAUGACAUUGUGUGCACAGAGCAGUGUGUGAUGAGUGGGCACUUUGACAAGAAAAUCCGCUUCUGGGACAUCCGAUCGGAGAGCAUCGUCCGAGAGAUGGAGUUGCUGGGCAAGAUCACCGCCCUGGACUUGAACCCAGAGAGGACCGAGCUCCUCAGCUGCUCCCGGGAUGACCUGCUGAAGAUCAUCGACCUGCGCCUCAGUGCUGUGCGACAAACCUUCAGUGCUCCCGGCUUCAAGUGUGGCUCAGACUGGACGAGGGUCACGUUCAGCCCUGACGGCAGUUAUGUGGCAGCGGGCUCAGCGGAAGGCUCACUCUAUGUCUGGAAUGUGCUCUCGGGGAAGGUGGAGAAGGUCCUGUCCAAAUACCACUGCUCCUCCAUCAACGCGGUGGCCUGGUCCCCAUCAGGCUCGAACGUGGUCACUGUGGACAAAGGAAGCAAAGCUGUUCUGUGGUCCGACUACUGAUGCCCAGGUGUGGGCGUGGCCUUGACCUUUCCCACUGCCGCCCUCCUACAGGGCAGCGGCGUAGCCGGUUUGGCCUUGGCCUCCAGGGGCCUUUGAGCCUGCCCUCGAAUAGGAUCUCACGCCUGAAAAACUGACGCCAAAGGCCACCUGCCCGCUGCACCUUGGCAGGUCGGGUUUGUGGCAACUCAAGUGGGAAACACUACUACUGGCUCUGGUCUUCCAUACCUCAGUGGGGCCACCAGGCACCACUGGCCCCUGCCUGGAUGGCAGUGCCAAAGGCACCCCCACUUCAAGUGUUGGCUCUCCACUGUGCUUGCUCCCCUCCUUCCAAAGCACUGUGGCCUCGACUCACUUCUGGGGAACUUGCUUUAAUCAUUGGAUUCAGAAACCCAGAACCUAUCCACAAGCCUGGCUUCUGUGGAGAUUGGGGACCUGGGGGCCCAGUCACGCACCACCCCCCCCCCCACUGGUCCUUCUGCCACGCUCUACUUGCCAUCACAUCUGACAGCUUCUGGACUGCUCACAGAUCCCCAACCCCUCUCUUCCCAACAGUUCUUAGCUACUUGCCUCCGAGAUCUUGUUUCGGUUGAGGGUUUUGUGAGGUAGGAGAAGAGGUUCAGAAACUUUUUUCCGGAGAAGUGGGAGCAGAGUGUGUUCCCGCUCGCCCCCAGCUCCCAGGAGGUAGGAGCACAUAGGCCACAGCCUUCCAGGAGUGUCUGAAUGACAGCUGCUGGCAACAAGGGACUCGAGGCCUUGAAUGUAUUGCCGUAAGCCGUGUCCGCCGAGUUCCUCUGCCUUGUGUGCAAUAGCCCCUUCCCUCCCGGAGCAUGGGGCUUUGGCUCCAGCUUUCUGGAGUAGUCAGCAAGGCUGGGGAAUACUGGCCUGUGGCUUUUUUUUUUAAGCAUUUAUCUUCACUGUUGACCUCCAUUUAAGAUCUUUGUGUGACUGAGACACCAGUAUUUUUGUCACAUCUUGAUUUGCACUUUAUUUUUUAAUUUUUAUAUUUUUCUUUUUGUCCUUCCACGUUGGUUCUCUGGACAGUGGUGGGUGUCGGUGCUGCCACGGAUGGAGGUGUCGAGCGCUGUCUCCCCCCUGCCCCUCCCCUGCCCACAUCUCCCUUUCCGGCUUGCUGUCCAGAGAGCCUGAGGCUAGGGGAGCUUAAGCCCACAGGCCAGGCGUGUCUUCUGUUUAUUUAAUUAUGUUGCCCAAAAGAACAUGAUUGUAAAUUAAAAGCAAAAAGUCUUAUACACUUUUCAA